AAAUAAAAGAGAAAAUCAAGGCAAGAAUAAACGCAUAUUAUAUUAUCGCUCGAGAGAACCUAUAUAUAAAUAGCUCAUCACCACAAAUUUUCAUCAACUCCACUUUAAUUAAUUACAAAAUGGCACAAAAUUCAAUCUUCUUUUGCAUUUUAGCCCUCGGUUUCGUCGGUAUCUCUUACGCCUUCGAUACUAGUCCACUCCAAGAUUUCUGCGUCGCAGACCUCCGUAGCACCGUGAGAAUCAACGGUCUACCAUGCAAGGAUCCUGCAACCGUUGUAGCGGAUGAUUUCUUCUUUAGAGGGUUCAAUUCAGCCGGAAACACAUCCAACGCUUACGGCUCGUCCGUGAUCCCCAUGAACGUGGCUCGAGUUCCGGGGCUCAACACACUCGGCUUGACAGUGGCUCGGCUCGACUUCUCGCCAGGUGGCUUCGUGCCACCUCAUCUCCACCCUAGGGGUACCGAGAUCUUGACUGUUCUAGAAGGUUCUCUAGAAGUAGGCUUCGUUACCUCGUACCCUAACUACAAGCAUUACAGCAAGGUUCUCGAAAAGGGCGACGCCUUUGUCGUCCCCGUUGGACUUGUUCACUACCAGCGAAAUGUGGGCAAGGGUAAAACGGUCGCGUUUGGUAUCGUGAAUAGCCAGAAUGCGGGUAUAACCGUAAUUUCGAAUGCCGUUUUCGGUGCGAAGCCCGCUAUUAAUACCGAUUAUUUGUCAAGGGCUUUUCAGUUGGAUAAGAAGAUUGUGCAAGGUCUCCAAGCCAAGUUCUAGAAUGUUAGUAUUGUUUGUAGCUUGGUCAAUUGAUGAUUGGAGAUUAUCAUGAUUAUGUAUUUCCUACAUACAUAAAUAAAAUUUUGCCCGAAGAAAAUAAAAUCCGAAAAUGCGAAAUGACUAAAAUACCCUAGGAGAAGGUGGUUUGAUUUUCAUUUAACGAAAUUGUAAAAAAUAAAGUGAUAUCGAGGCUAAAUAAACAAUAUACGUAAAACGAGGGGGUUGAAGUGCACGGUUCGGUCACGUGCGUUUCCGUCCAAACUAAUUCCUAAAUCAAACGCCGGACUAAAAGUGUAGAAAAAUAAUUUAUUUGAGGACUAAUUUCAUGGCAAAAAACAUUUUAGGGACUAAAAUCGAUUUUUGUGUAUAAUAUAAGGACCAAAAUGUAAUUUUCAUGCAAAUAUUGUAUUAUAUUUAAGUUGGCAAAUAUUGUAG